GUGGAGCUUUCGCCUGGUGGCGUGUUUGUAACGCUGCAGACUGCCUGUGUCCACAUGUAGUUCCCUCUUUUCUUUCACUUUACCAUCUGUUCGUCUAGUUUGUACCAUGUCCGUGCUCAGACUGCUCCUAAAGCUGCUAGUUUUGCUCUCGGUGCUCGCAGUAUCCGUGCUUCUCAUACAGUACUGGCUAGCCACCAAGGAACACGUUUUUAACAAGGAGGACAUUGCCAAAUUAGCCAAGCAGUACGCAGGCCAGGAUCAUGAGCAGGCCUUCUCUAAAGUGGUGGUGGAGCUGAGGAAAAGAUACCCAGGCCACAUUCUCCCUGAUGAGGACUUACAGUGGGUGUUUGUGAAUGCGGGCGGCUGGAUGGGCUCCAUGUGUCUGCUGCAUGCCUCCCUCACAGAGUACCUCCUGCUGUUUGGCACUGCGGUGGACACAGGUGGACACUCAGGGCGUUACUGGGCGGAGAUCUCUGACACUGUCAUCUCUGGUACAUUCAGGCAGUGGAAGGAGGGAACCACCAAGAGUGAAGUCUACUACCCUGGUGACUUCAUAGUGCACUCUGUGGGGGAGGCCACCUCGGUGCAGUGGAGCGCAGGCACGUGGAUGGUAGAGUACGGCCGAGGAUUCAUCCCCUCCACACUGGGCUUCGCUCUUGCAGACACUCUGUUCAGCACCCAGGACUUUGUCACCAUGUUCUACACUGUACGGGUCUAUGUCAAAGCUCUCAUGCUUGAGACGGCAACCAUGCUCACAGAGGCCGGGAUAUUCUGAGGUACGAAAAAACUGACGCAUCAGGAAGGACUUUCUCCAUUGGAAAAGUUAGUCUGUGCACAAUGAUUUACAUACAACUGUAGACAAUCAAAAGUAAGUGCAAUAGAUUCAGUCAGUUGAAAACGUUUCCUGGUCUUAAAAGUGUACUAUGCAACUUUUCUGGUGGAGAGGUCUACCACCUGCUUGUCUCCACGGAGAUGUUAUGGCUUUGAUUGAAAUAGUGAUAGUACAGCAUUAAACUAGCAUUCAUUCAUGUGCUUUUAUUGCUCACAAAUCCCUUGGAAAAAUGGCCAUCCUUACAGUGAAUGGGCUGACCUGUAACUUGGCCAGGAGAUGGUAAAUGAGUUUGUCACAUUGUGGAACAUUCCAGAAAAAGUAAUGACAUCUCCAUGGAGACAAGCAGGUAGCGGCCCCUCCACCAGAAAAGUUGCAUAGUGCUCCUUUGUUUUUAUUGACAUGCAUUUCCAUAAAGCUGUCAAACUGCCUGAUUUAAGAGGUAUAAACUAUAGAAUGCACUUACAUUAAAAUGUAUUUGUGAUUAAAAAUUCGAAUUAUUUUUAUAGCUUGUUGUCGCAUGUCAAUUUGAUAGAGGAUUUUAAGUUUUUGUUAUUUUUUUCCCCACAUUUUUGUUUUUUGCAAGAACAUUUAUUUCUCGUUGUACCAACUUCAGCUCCCACUGCAUACGCAGACUUCAUUUGCAUACGCCUUGUCUCAUCACAUCUAAUUUUGUCUUGAACCAAAACCUGCACGAAUAAUACAAACUAUAACUAUUUAUUAUGAAAAAAUUGGCUGGGAAGUUAGAAAGUACUUCAGUCUUCAGUGUUUAAUGUUUAUACUUUGCACUAACCCCAAAGAGGGCGCUACCACGCUACCACCAGCCUAGUCGAGAAAACACUAUAGUUUUUAAAUGUCUUAAUUUUCUACAUUACUACUGAAACUGCCUCAUCCGCUCUGUGAUUUUUAUCUUGAUUUUGUAACGGUGAAACAUAUCAGGUAUUUGUAGAUUAGGAAAUGGGUAAUAAUGCUAAAGACAUGUUUGUACCAAAAUACAGUUUCUCUGGGUGUGACAGUUAAACAAGAACUGUGUUUUAAUGUUCAUCAUGUAAGAAAUGAAUAAAUGUUUUG